AUGGCUCGCGGUCCGCCGUCGUGCACGGGGUCCGCUUGGCGGGACACGGCUCUGCUGAUUGUCGGCACGCUGCUCUCGCUCGCGCAACACAGCACCCCCUCGGUGCCGCCCGCGGUUGCUGCUGCCCCAGUGACCCCAGGCGCCCCGCCCAACAGCUUCUACCGCUACCACUACCACGUGCGCCGCCUCCCGCCCUUUCUGCGCAACCACCUCAAGCGCGCACAAGGCGGCGGCGGAGGGGGAGUUGGAGGGGGCGGAGGAGGAGGAGAGGGGAGCAGCGCUGUGCGGGCCGCGAGCAUUGCGAGCAGCGGCGAUGAAGCGAUCGUCCUCCGCAGCAGCAGUAGCAGCAGCGCUGCCGGCGGCGACGGCGGCAGCAGCAGCAAGGGCGGAGCUUUAGGCGGCAUAGGUGGCGGUGGAGGGGGAGCGGGCCCCAGCGCGUACGAGCGGGCGCAGGCCGCCAUGGCCGCGGCGAAGGCGCGCAGCAGCGCGUGGGGCAAGGAGAUGCGCGGACGUGGGCGGAAUGGCAAGAGGCGGCCGUGGGUGGAUGUGUCGUGGACCAAUCACAGGCCGCUAGCGCAGGUGUACGAAGCUGAUUGGCCCGCCAGCGCGGCGGAGGCGGGGAUGACGGCGGACGGCGGGAGGGGCGCGGGUAGUGGCGCGUGGCCGUUCGCUGAGCCGCGCAUCAGCCCCCAGACGCUCAGGCGGCAGCCACCGUCCAGCGGGCUGCCAUGCACGCCACUCACCACAGCCGUCAUCAUUCCAGUCAACUCAGAGGACGACUUCGCCCGCCGCCUGCAGUACCCCUCCACCAUCACGGUCGUCCUCGAGCUCCAAAACCACAUCCUGCUCACGGCGCCGCUGCUCUUCAACGCCUCCUUCGCCUGCACCGUGCUGCGCUCCGCCGCCCGCCCCGCGCGCGGGUUCCAGCUGACGCUCAUGCGCACAGACGCGCCGCUGCUGUGGAUAGCGGGCGCCAGCAACGUGCUCGUGCUGCGCGUGUCCUUCUUCCAGCCCUACGCCAUUGAUACCGCGGCGUGCCAGGGCAUCCCGUACAUGGGCACUGACGUCAUCUGCCCCGCCAUCCACAUCUACCAGGCAGCCAACGUGCAGGUGGCACGCGGAACGGUGUACGGGCGCAUCGAUGUGUACUGGUCGGUGGCGGUGCGAGUGGACGGCAUGAAGGUGACGGGGCUGGGCGACUUCAAGCGCGGCCAGGGGCUCAUCCGCGUGGCCUUCUGCGGCCACGGACCCACCAUGCAGCGCAGCCAAGUGGUUAUCAGCAACAAUGAGGUCUUUGGAGCGCGCUUCCCCAUAGUGCUGUAUUUCGGCGCAGUGGGAGUGACGGUGAGCAACAACUACGUGCACGACUUCAUAUUCGCGGGCAUCGUGUGCGGUGCGUUCGUAUCGUACGUGGGCGACUGCAUGCUCUCUACUAUAUCCAACAACCUCGUGGUGGCCACGGGGCGCAACAUCAGUGGCGACAUGGACGCCUCCGGCAUCUACUUCAACACCCACUGGUUCAACCCUGGCAACCUAGCGGAGUGCAACUACGUGAUAGGCGGCGACCAGUGCUACUACCUUGACUUCGCGUCCUCGGGUGUGACCAUCCGAGGGGGCGCGUGCAUUGACACGUACGCGGGCAUGAAGGUCAACAACGGCAAGAGCAACGUGAUAGAGGACGUGGUGGUUAAGAACACGCGGUGGACGCCCGGGUGGUCCACGUGCCUCACAGCCGAGGUGGUGAACUGUGGGAAGAAGCCCGGGUCGUACUGGGAGCAGAUGCGCCGCAAGUACUACAACUCCGCUCAGAUCAACCAGAACUGGCCAUGGAUGCAAACGGUGUGCUCAGAGAUGGGCGUGAACGGCGUGCCGUGCAACAGCAACGCGCGCGGCACGCUCAACGCCACGCUCACGGGCAAGUGCAGCGGGCUGCCGACGCGCAACUCGCUCAUGCUCGUGCUGGUGGGAGCGCUGGACUACGACAUGGACUUCAAGUACUGUGAGGACCUGCCCAACACGCCUCGCAUCAACUCGCACCGCUACAUCAAUGUCACCAAUGUCGCCGACGCGCAGUUCCUGGAUUUCGUGGAGGACGACUUGGGCGUGAAAAAGGGGUCGUCGCUCUACAAGACCCGGCCGAAUUUCAAGAGCUGCCCGAGAAGCGAGGUUGGGCCGAAAAAGCUUUUGGAGAGGUCUUACUAUGAGAACUUCAAUAAGGCUAUUCCGGAUGUGUAUUACGUUACACUAGGCGUGGCGCGCAUGUGUGCUCCACCACGGCAGGUGGCACGAGAAGUACCUGAGAGGCACUUGAGUUGA